AUGGGUCGUGUGAUCUCGGAAUCUCCGUUCUCGUGGGGUUCGGACGUGUUCUAUCCAAACGCCGAUCAGAAAGUGCUGUUCCUCACCAAUUCUGAUCACGAGCAGUCCAAGGCCUUUUUAGCGACAUGCCAGUCGCUCAUUCGAUAUCCCUUAGUGGAUAUUCAUUUCGCGUCUUUCCCGGAACUAAGAGAUGAGGUAUCAAAUUUACCUACGGGCCUGUCCCGAGUCAGGUUCCAUCCUCUGAAUGGAACCCCUUAUGCGAAGCGGCUUGAAUUGGAAGAGUAUCGAUUAUCGGGUCUAUCACACCCCGCUGGCUUCCGCGGCGCUGCAGCUUCGCGAAAAGAUUUACCGACCUCCCUAGUACCGUGGAAUGGGACCGAGUAUCUGGAAAUGUAUCGCAAUAUGCUCGACGUGAUCAAGACGGUCGAUCCAACACUGGUUGUGAUCGACCCAAUGUUAAGACAGGCAAACGAUGCGGUGCUGCAACUGGGCUAUCAAUAUAUGAUUCUAUCUACGAGUAAUUUACGCGACGUGCUCGUAACACAGCAGCCAGCGGGGAAAAUGAUUCGAGAGUUUCCCUGCAUUGGCUCUGGAUUCUCGUCCCCUUUGUCCUGGUACCUUGCUUCGUACAAUGCCUACCUGUGGCUGCAAAGGGCAUUUACAAUGGUGUUCUCGUCGCAUUUACGCAGAUUAAAAUCAUGCCGACAACAUCAUGGUGUGGCCAACCCCGUCAAUCUUGUCGAUUGGUACAGAGACGAAGUCACAGUGCUCAUCACUUCUUCCCUCGAAAUCGAGUAUCCUAUAUCCGUUCCCCCUAACAGACUCACAAAAGACGAUGCAACUGAAGUCGCGCAGGCGCUCCUUCCCAUUCUACUGGAAUACGAGCAUCUCCAGGCUUUGUGGAAUAUCAGAAACCAGACAGAAGACUCUCGAACAGGUGACGUCCAUUCGGCAUCGGCAAAAUGGGUGAACAGAGCCCAUGCCCCGUUCAUAGCCAACGGGGAGUUGGCAGCUGCACUGCGGAGCGUACUGAAUCAGGAACGCGAAGGGGUUCGCAUCUCGCAGCAAGCCAAGCAGAUUAGUUCUGUGCUACAAACUUAUCCCGGCCAGGAUGCUGCCGUACAAGAGAUCUUGAAAACGCUGCGUCUUCCUAAGAACCAAACAAAAGGGCGAUGGGGAGCUACCUCAGACGAGUUAUGA